GCUGCUUCCCUCUGCUCGCCUCUGGAUCACCACACGACCUGCAGCAGCCAAUCAGAUCCCUCCUGAGUGUGUUGGCAUGGUGACAGAGGUCAGAGGGUUCACUGACCCCCAGAAGGAGAAGUACUUCAAGAAGAGGUUCAUAGAUGAGGAGCAGGCCAGCAGAAUCAUCUCUCACAUCAAGACCUCACGAAGCCUCCACAUCAUGUGCCACAUCCCAGUCUUCUGCUGGAUCACUGCUACAGUUCUGGAGGAGGAGUUGAAGGCCAGAGAGGGAGGAGAGCUGCCCAAGACCCUGACUGAGAUGUACAUCCACUUCCUGGUGGUUCAGUCCAAAGUGAAGACGGUCAAAUACGAUGGAGGAGCUGAGACGGAUCCACACUGGAGUCCCGAGAGCAGGAAGAUGAUCAAGGCUCUGGGAAAACUGGCCUUUGAUCAGCUGCAGAAAGGACACCUGAUAUUCUAUGAAUCCGACCUGACCGAGUGUGGCAUCGAUUUCAGAGCAGCCUCAGUUUACUCAGGAGUGUUCACUCAGAUCUUUAGAGAGGAGAGCAGACUGUACCAGGACAAGGUGUUCUGCUUCGUCCAUCUGAGUGUUCAGGAGUUUCUGGCUGCUCUUCAUGUUCAUCUGACCUUCAUCAACUAUGGUGCCAAUCUGCUCAUAGAAGAACAAACAAUUUUCCACUGGUUUAAAGCAUUUAUAUACAAACCUGAACCAACGCGUCUCUACCAGAGUGCUGUGGACAAGGCCUUACAGAGUCCUAAUGGACACCUGGACUUGUUCCUCCGCUUCCUCCUGGGUCUUUCCCUGGAAACCAAUCAGACUCUCCUACGAGGUCUGCUGACACAGACAGGAAGUCGCUCACAAACCAAUCAGAGAACAGUCCAGUACAUCAAGGAGAAGAUCAGUCAGAAUGUGUCUCUGGAGAAAAGCAUCAAUCUGUUCCACUGUCUGAAUGAAUUGAAUGAUGGUUCUCUAGUGGGGGAGAUCCAACAGUCCCUUAGAUCAGGACAUCUCUCCACAGAUGAACUAUCUCCUGCUCAGUGGUCAGCUCUGGUCUUCAUCUUACUUUUAUCAGAAGAAGAUCUGGACGUGUUUGACCUGAAGAAAUACUCUGGUUCAGAGGAGGCUCUUCUGAGGCUGCUGCCUGUGGUCAAAGCCUCCAAAAAAGCUCUACUGAGUGGCUGUAACCUCUCAGGGAGAGGCUGUGAAGCUCUGUUCUCAGUUCUCAGCUCCCAGUCAUCUAGUCUUAAAGAGCUGGAUCUGAGUUACAACGGCCUGCAGGAUUCAGGAGUGAAGCUGCUGUCUGCUGGAUUGGAGAGUCCACAUUGUGAACUGGAGAUUCUCAGACUAAGUGUCUGUAACCUCUCAGAGAGAAGCUGUGAAGCUCUGUCCUCAGUUCUCAGCUCCCAAUCUUCUAGUCUGAGAGAACUGGAUCUGAGUAGCAACCACCUGCAGGAUUCAGGAGUGGGGCUGCUCUCUGCUGGACUGGAGAGUCCACACUGUGAACUGGAAACGCUCAGACUGAAUGGCUGUAACCUUUCAGAGAGAAGCUGUGAAGUUCUGUCCUCGGUUCUCAGCUCCCAGUCCUCUAGUCUGAGAGAACUGGAUCUGAGUUACAACGGCCUGCAGGAUUCAGGAGUGGAGCUGCUGUCUGCUGGACUGGAGAGUCCACACUGUGAACUAAAGAUUCUCAGACUGGAUGGCUGUAACCUUUCAGAGAGAAGCUGUGAAGCUCUGUCCUCAGUUCUCAGCUCGAAGUCCUUUAGUCUGAGAGAGCUAGAUCUGAGUAACAACGGCCUACGGGAUUCAAGAGUGAAGCUCCUGUCUGCUGGAGUGGAGGAUCCGCGCUGCACACUGGAAACUCUCAGGUAUAAAGCAUCCUGCUGCUGCCACAGACCAUCAGUCUGUAGAGGAGGUAGAGCUGGAAAACUUUUCUCUGUCCCACUGUCAGCCUGGUUAAUAAGACCCUGACACAUCAAGCUGACCUCAAACUACCAGAGACUCCUCAAACGGUUUGUGUCCCUUAUCAGAUAAUCAAUACAGACAGAAGAAGUGAGGAACAGUAGCCAGGAUGAGCCUAAACAGCGAGGGAGGUGAUGAAAUGCUUGUUCAUUGGACCCUUGUCUUGUUUCCACGUUAUAAGAGAGGACAGUGGUGUCUCCUGACACGUUGACGGGCAGAUUUGUGGGCUCUCAUCAAACAACACUUCUUUAUGUUGUUUGAUGUUAAGAUGCUGGUCAUCGUCCUUUUGUCCAGACAUUAUUAUUAAAACACAAACAGUCAAAGAAACAAUCUGUUCAAACCGUCUUGAUGGAUCAUCACAGUAGGAAUUAGGGCUGCACGGUAUGGACAAAAAUUCAUAUCUCUUUAAGAUUCCGACUGUAUCCCGGUAUGUGACAGUAUAGCUUUUUCAAUUAAACACAUUAAUUCAUUGACCCCGA